CCCUCAAGGGCUAGGCCUUCAAGAAGAAGAAAUAACUUUAUGCAGAACUCUCUGGUGGCCAUUAAUACGGUGCGGUCACGUCUGUCCCCUAGGGUCUGAAAAUCUUCCAGCAGCUGUGCCUUGGCUCAAGCUUGCGUACCUUCAGAUGACCGAGAACAUGUUCCAGGAGGGGUUAUAUCAGGUGUUUUUUAAGGAGCGACCUUUGUCUCCCUCACAAACAGUCGUUUCCCGUCCUCUGGGGCUAAAAGAGGCCCACAUCGUGCGCUGGUUUAGCACUGUUGUCAACACGCGCCUCCUAAUUACAGGGGUGCUACAAGUGCUUGGGUCUCUGGCUACUAUUCUCACCACAGUUUCGUUCAUAUGCAUGGACUUGGGCUGUGCUGUCUACAUGACAGCCCCUAUCUGGGCAGGUGUCUUUUAUGUAGCCACUGGGGGGCUUACCAUUCAUGUUCAGAGGAAACCAAACAAGGUCAAAGUAACUGCUCUCAUGGGACUGAACAUCUUCUGCUUCUCACUGGGAGCCAUCUCUCUUCUCACGUACAGCUUUCACAUUGCCACAGAGCCCAGCUCACUCAGCAAAGAACAGAGGGUGGGGGCAUAUGUGGCAAAGGGCAGCUCCAUCUUCUUUACGUCCCAGUGCAUGCUGGCUUCGCUCUACACCCUCUUCCUCAUCUGGAGAGGUCGCAGCCGAUAUAGCCCCCCCUACAGACAGGUAUAUAGUCCCAUUUCACAGGACAAUUGUGAACACACAGAGCUCUUGAUGGAGAGCGAAGAGCAGGACCCCUGAGCAAACAAGAUUGCCUGUAACUAACCGUCGUCUGCUCAUUUCGGAAAUGGGACGUUAUUAAAGGGAACGAUUCGUGUUUCAGGACCGUAAGAUUGUUUGCGAUAGUCUGGACUGCGCUCACCUGAGUAAGACUGAGCUACUCUGGCUGUGGUGGUGACACGUGUCCUCAUGUAUGUUUUAUAGUUUCAUUUGAUGUUAUGCUGAUGGUAAGCCAUCUAAAACAUGGGAUGAAAUAUUUUGGGGAAUUUUCUGUUAUUCUUCUGUUAUUGUACGAAGAAAUGCCCUAAGAAACUGAUUUGUGACUGUUUUAUGCAUAAUGUGUGGCAUAUUAUAAUUCUGCAUAAUUAAAAAACCUAUUUUCUAUGCCAUAAUUUAAAAUGCAUUUAAAGCUGUAAUAAUUGUUUUAACAAUAUUAAUAUUUUCUGAAAUUAUGCUUGUUUAUCAGAACUACAAAUACUUAGCAAAACCUUACAAUGUACCUGUCAAACUUCUGAGGGUCAAACUUCUGAGUACAAUAUUCAAAGACAUUUUUUCCAUGUAAAAGAAUCAGCAACCAUUUCACUACUGUGCUGAAUUCCAGUAGCUCAGAAAGAUGUUUUGAAUUUAACAUUAAUAAAUGUGGGAUUUUUGCAGA